CAAUAAGUAAGCGUCGUUUUGUAUUAUUUUGUUGUAACACCAAUUGUAAAGGACUUGUUUUUUUCUGUUUGCAACCGUAAUGUAAUUGCUCAUGUUUCGGUCAAUUGGCCGAGCAGCGCAAUUGAAAAUCAAGACAGAUAAGUGAAUGUGUGCGUGUGAAAUGCAUAAAAAUUGCAUCGAACAACAAGAAAUAUGAGGGACAACAGUCGAAUACAUUGUGUAAAUAAGUAGCAAACAAAAAACAAAAAGAAAACCUGUAUUUGAUGGUGGAGCAGUUAAAAUAAUCACAUGUAUAGUUUAUAUGAAUGCCAGAGCAACGUUAAAUGGCAGCUAGAAAGAAUUGUUAAUACAGAAAAACGCAAGAAGAACGUUAUUAGGAAAUAAAAUAUACACACAAGCAAACAAAAACACACAACCAAAAGCCUUAUAAACCGCAACGAUGGCCGUGCAGCUGAAGAAUGCCUAUCACCAUCUGCCGCUCACCAUAACGCCCAUACUCUGCCAGCCGCUGCUGACGCCGGCACCGACGCCGCAGCCACCGAAAGCAGAGCCACCAGAUUUAACGUUUCAUUGCAUGUGCUGCUCGGAGUAUUUUGUGCACCCACUGUCGCUGUAUCAGCACAUGAACAGUAAGCAUCCCAAUGAUACAGUGCAGCAGCAGGAUGUAAGGGAAGGACCACACCUAGAGCAGCGACAACGUUUGGCUGCUGAGCAGGCGGCCGAGGAUGAUACCACUGAUUACAGCUGGAUAUUUGAGCCGCUGUGCGAACUGGAAGUGGCAGCAGAAGCAUCGCAACCUGGCGCUGAAUCUCCCGAAUCGGAGGAGGAGGCGGAAGGAGAGGACGAGGAGCAGCAAAGCGAUGCGGAGGAGAGUGACAAUGACAAUGAGAACGAUGGCAAUGAUAGCGACAGCAGCAGCAGUUCCAGCAACAGCAGCAGCUCCAACAGCACCACCGAGAGUAGCUCCAAUAGCAACAGCAACAGCAGCAGCGCUCCCGGCAGCAAUUCCAACUCGAAUACGCAGCAGAGUUUGAUACAAGAGCAACAGAAUCGCCUUCAAGAGCAACAGAGUCGCCUACAAGAACAACAGCGGAGUCAUCAAGAGGCGCAGAGCCGUCUCCAAGAGCAGCAGAUUCGUCUACAGGCGCCACAAGGUCGACCACUUGCUCAGAACCUGCUGCAGGAGCAGCAGAGCUAUCUACAGGAACAGCACAGUCGCCUUCAGGAGCAGAGCCGACAGCAGCAGCUACAGAGUCGCCUCCAAGAGCACAGCUUUCCACAGGACUUGCAUCCGCUGCGUGGUCUGCUGCCCGGCUCGCAGCCCAACGAGUAUCAUCUGCAGACAGCUGAUCCCCGCGAGUCCACCUCCAUCAUACUGCUACAACCGUCAUCGUCGCUCAGCAUAACGCCAGUUCCCGUUGCUGCCCCAGCUGCCCUAGCCUUGCCUUCCCUUGUGGCUGCUCCUCCGUCUGCACUUACGCUGCCCAUCAAGCGACGACGCGGACGUCGCAGCAAGGCCAACGUUCUAGGGGAUGCACAUAGCGCGUCCGCCGUGGCUGCUCAGCUUGGCGCCAAUGGCCAAAAGUGCUUUCAGUGUACACAUUGUGAGGCAUCCUUUUUGAAUGCCGGCGAUCUUUCCAAGCAUGUGCGUUCCCACAUCUCGAACAAACCGUUUCAAUGCUCCAUCUGCCAGAAGACAUUCACGCACAUUGGCAGCCUCAACACACACAUACGCAUCCACAGCGGCGAGAAGCCCUACAAGUGCGAACUCUGCCCCAAGGCAUUCACCCAGAGCAGCAGCCUAAUGGUUCACAUGCGUUCGCAUGCGGUGCGCAAACCGCAUCAGUGUCUGCAAUGUGACAAAGGCUUCAUCAACUACAGCUCGCUGCUGUUGCAUCAAAAAUCCCAUUCGGCGCCCGUUGAGAGCUUUGUUUGUCCCGAAUGCGAGCGGGAGUUUAAGGCGGAGGCGCUGCUGGACGAACACAUGCGCAUGCAUACCCAGGAGCUGGUGUAUCAGUGUGCCAUCUGUCGGCAAGCGUUCCGCGCCAGCUCGGAGCUGGUGCAGCACAUGAAAUGCCACAUGGGCGAGAAACCCUUCACCUGCUCCAUUUGCGAUCGCUCCUUCACACAGUCCGGCAGCUUGAAUAUCCAUAUGCGCAUUCACACCGGCGAGAAGCCGUUCCAGUGCAAGCUGUGCGACAAGUGUUUCACCCAAGCCUCCAGUUUGAGUGUCCACAUGAAGAUCCAUGCGGGCGAGAAGCCUUUUCCCUGUCACAUUUGUGGCAAAGCCUACAGCCAGCAGGCGUAUCUCAAUAAGCACAUUCAAGCCCAUGCCAUGGACGCCCUUCCUAAUCCCAAUCCUUCGACACCUAUGCAGCAGCAUCAACAACAGCUGCCUAUGAACAACGUGAUGCAGACGCCACGCGAAACCUUGGUGUGCAUUGUUUGUGGUGCUCUCCAUGCGGAUGCCACAGCGUUGGCGUUGCACGUGACACGUGAGCACACGGCGCUGUUGGACAACAUGAAGCAAGCGACGUUGCCGCUGGCGCCGAAUGCGCAGAGCAAGUGCAGCCUAGUGGAGCGACAAGCUCAACAGCAAGCCUAUAUGCAGCGUGUGCAGUCGAUGUUGCAACAAAUGAAUCAACAGCAACAACAGUUGCCUGCUAUGGAUUCGGCUGGGGAGGAUGAAGAGGAGUUGGAUGAGGAGGAUGAGCUGGACGGCGACGACGAGGAGGAGGACGAAGAGGAUGAGGUCCAGCAGCAGUCCAAUGCAGCAGCGCAGCAAAUGGUCAAUGAUGAAGUCGAGGAUGAUGAUGAUGAGGAGGAGGAAGAAGCGGAGGAUGAUGAGGAGGACGAUGAAGAGGAGGAUGAUGAUGUGGUCCAGCAGCUGGUCACGGAUGCGGACAUGUAUUACGACGAUAUGCCUGAGGAUUUUGCUGACAUGGAAGUCGGUUGCGAGGAGGAGGUUUGCGGGGAUUUCAUUGAACACGACGACUUUGCAGUCGAGGAGGAGAUCUACAGCGAGGACGUCUAGACAGCGACAGCAAUGGAUCAAGUGCUGCACUAGUUCCAAUGGGAAAGCGAGUGGAUGUCUUGCUUAUUGAAUAAUUGCGAAACU